UUCGUCGCUCGGGCCACAGCAAGGUCUCCGUCCAUGCAUCGGGUCCGAGGUCCGAGGCAGAACGAAAGAGGUGUCAGUCAGGAUCGUGACGUUGUUUCUCUAGGAGUGUUCUGAAAGACUGAAAAUUCGGUGAUCUUGCCUGGAAGAUCGAACAGAGAUGAAAUUUGCGGUGGUAGGAGCGGUGGCUGCGGCUCUGGUGGGGGUCGUGCAGCCUCAGUGUUUCACCGACAACGACGACUUCCGCGUCAAAGUCAACACCGACCUCACCGCCGUCACCGACUUCGGCUUCGACCUCUACAGACGACUCGACUCUGCCAACUCCCCCCAGAACUUCUUCUUCUCGCCCUUCAGCAUCUGGUCGGCGUUCAUCAUCGCUUACCUCGGCUCAGCGGGAGAGACAGAGGCGCAGCUGAAGCGAGCUCUGAGGGUCGGGAGCAAGGUCGAGACGUUCAAGAUCUGGCGAGCGCUGGAUGCUCUGUACCAAACCAGCAACAACGCCUAUACCUUCAACAUUGUAAACCGAGCUUAUAUUGAUAACGUGUUGCCGAUCCGCCCCUGCAUCUCUGAAGUGCUGAGCAAUGAAAUCGAGAGGGUCAACUUCAGAGAUGCCCUCAACACUGUCAGCCGAAUCAACAACUUCGCCUCCACAAACACCAAGGGCAAGAUAAACAACCUGGUCACAGCCGGCGACCUCCAGGACGUCCACAUGGCCCUCGUCAACGCCGCCUACUUCAAGGGCACGUGGCAGUUCCAGUUCAAGCCAACGACAACCGCCCCCGAGAGGUUCUUCGUCACGCCCCAGAGGCACCAGAUGGUUCCCAUGAUGAGCCAGAUCGCCGCCUUCAGAUACGGCGAAUUUGAACAGGUCGCCGCCAGCGUUCUGGAGCUCCCCUACACAGGCGAGAGAGUGUCCAUGUUCCUCUUCCUUCCUGCUCAAGAAGGACCUCAAGGCUUCGCUAACAUGGUCUCGAGGCUGAGCGGGAACAACCUGCGGGCGGCCACACACCAGAGAAACCUCAGGAAGCAAGAUGUCGACCUCAAGCUGCCCAAGUUUAGGAUGGAAAUGAAACUAUCGGAUGAGAUGAUUCCGGCUCUCAUGGACAUGGGGAUCAGGGACAUCUUCGACAGCGAAAAAGUAGACUUCACCACCCUCGGCAACAUAAGGAACCUCACCCUGGAAAAGGUCAUCCACAAAGCUUUCGUCGAAGUCAACGAGGAGGGCACCGAGGCCGCCGCAGCCACGGUCCUCGCCUUCGCAACGAGGGCCAGCAGAAAGGACAUCCCUGUGCCGUUCCACUGUAACCGGCCUUUCCUCUUCCUCAUCCGCGACAAUGAGACCAACAAUAAUCUCUUCAUGGGAGUUUACAGGGAUCCCGACACGGCAGGAAGUUAGAGUGCUUGAAGGUCCAAAAGAAACGCUGAGGUUACCGAAAAAAGACGAAAUUAAGGGCAAAGGCAGGAACGGACUUUGUAUUCUCGAUAAUGUAAUGUCUACAAUUGUUAAUCCUUUAAUAUGAUCCGUUGUAAAUUUUAAUAUAUGUAUAUAUCAUA